AGCUGAGCUGUCCGGGCGAGGUUGGAUCACCUGCCACCGGCAAAAGGGAGCGGGUGAUCUCCUGGGGCGUGAGUGGUGGGCAGGACCGCGCCUGGCUCGAGGGGGGCGGGCUCCCCGGUCUUCUCUAUUAGGAGAGGACGAGAAGAUCCUCGGCAUUUAAAGAGGAAGUGUCCGCGACGAUUGCCAGGAUCUGUCAGAUCCCUGCCGAGACGGAGGAGCCGCAGCUUCUAGUCCAGGGCGACGGGGAUCCCUGGGGGGAAGGGGUGCCCCGUUGUAAUCCCUGGGCCCGGGAUCGAGGGCCCAGAGACCGGGCACCAUGGCGUCCAUCCUGGAUGAAUAUGAGGACUCCCUGUCCCGCUCGGCCGUCUUGCAGCCUGGCUGCCCCAGCGUGGGCAUUCCUCACUCCGGGUAUGUGAAUGCCCAACUAGAGAAGGAAGUGCCCAUCUUCACGAAACAGCGCAUUGACUUUACUCCUUCAGAGCGCAUCACCAGUCUUGUUGUCUCCUGCAAUCAACUCUGCAUGAGCCUGGGCAAGGACACACUGCUCCGCAUUGACCUGGGCAAAGCAAAUGAACCCAACCACAUGGAGCUGGGGCGCAAGGAUGAUGCCAAAGUUCACAAGAUGUUCCUGGACCAUACUGGCUCUCACCUGCUGAUUGCUCUGAGCAGCACUGAAGUCCUCUAUGUGAACCGUAAUGGACAGAAGGUACGGCCACUAGCACGCUGGAAGGGACAGCUGGUGGAGAGUGUGGGUUGGAACAAGGCACUAGGCACUGAAAGCAGCACAGGCCCCAUCUUGGUCGGCACUGCCCAAGGCCAGAUCUUCGAAGCAGAGCUCUCAGCCAAUGAGGGUGGACUUUUCGGCCCUGCUCCGGAUCUCUACUUCCGCCCAUUGUAUGUGCUAAAUGAAGAAGGGGGUCCAGCACCUGUGUGCUCUCUGGAGGCGGAGCGAGGCCCCGAUGGCCGUGGCUUUGUUAUUGCUACUACUCGCCAACGCCUCUUCCAGUUUUUAAGCCGAACAGCAGAGGGGACUGAGGGCCAGGGCUUCUCAGGGCUUUUUGCUGCCUAUGCUGACCACCCACCCCCAUUCCGUGAGUUCCCCAGCAGUCUGGGCUACAGUGAGUUGGCCUUCUAUACUCCCAAGUUGCGCUCUGCACCCCGGGCUUUCGCCUGGAUGAUGGGGGAUGGCGUGUUGUAUGGAUCGUUGGACUGUGGGCGUCCUGACUCCCUGCUGAGUGAGGAACGAGUUUGGGAAUACCCAGAGGGGGUUGGUCCAGGAGCCAGCCCACCCCUGGCCAUUGUCCUGACCCAGUUCCACUUCCUGCUGCUGCUGGCAGACCGGGUGGAGGCGGUGUGCACACUGACAGGGCAGGUGGUGCUGCGGGAUCACUUCCUGGAGAAGUUUGGGCCACUGAAACACAUGGUGAAGGACUCCUCCACGGGCCACCUGUGGGCCUACACCGAGCGUGCUGUCUUUCGCUACCAUGUUCAGCGGGAGUCCCGAGAUGUUUGGCGCACCUAUUUGGACAUGAACCGCUUUGACCUGGCCAAAGAGUAUUGUCGAGAGCGGCCUGACUGCCUGGACACAGUGCUGUCUCGGGAGGCUGAUUUCUGCUUUCGCCAGCGUCGUUACCUGGAGAGCGCCCGCUGCUAUGCCUUGACCCAAAGCUACUUUGAGGAGAUUGCCCUCAAGUUCUUGGAGGCCCGACAGGAAGAGGCACUGGCUGAAUUCUUGCAGCGAAAACUGGGUGGUUUGAAGCCAGCCGAGCGUACGCAGGCCACCCUGCUUACCACCUGGCUGACAGAGCUCUAUUUGAGCCGACUCGGGGCCCUGCAGGGUGAUCCAGACGCCCUGAACCUCUACCGGGAAACGAGGGAGCGCUUCCGGGACUUCCUCAGCAGCCCUCGCCACAAGGAGUGGCUCUUCGCCAGCCGGGCCUCCAUCCACGAGCUGCUGGCCAGCCAUGGGGACGCAGAACACAUGGUGUACUUUGCUGUGAUCAUGCAGGACUAUGAGCGAGUGGUGGCAUACCACUGCCAGCAUGAAUCUUAUGAGGAGGCCCUGGCUGUGCUUGCCCGACAUCGUGACCCCCAGCUCUUCUACAAGUUUUCACCCAUCCUCAUCCGCCACAUCCCCUGCCAGUUGGUGGAUGCCUGGAUUGAGUUGGGCAGCAGGCUGGAUGCCCGGCAGCUCAUCCCUGCCCUGGUGAACUACAGCCAGGGUGGCGAGGCCCAGCAAGUAAGCCAGGCCAUCCGCUACAUGGAGUUCUGCGUGAACGUGCUGGGCGAGACUGAGCAGGCCAUUCACAACUACCUGCUGUCGCUGUACGCCCGUGGCCAGCCUGCCUCACUGCUGGCUUACCUUGAGCAGGCUGGAGCCAGCCCACACCGUGUGCAUUACGACCUCAAGUAUGCGCUGCGGCUCUGUGCCGAGCAUGGCCACCACCGUGCCUGUGUCCAUGUCUACAAAGUCCUGGAGCUGUAUGAGGAGGCUGUGGACCUGGCCCUGCAGGUGGACGUGGACCUGGCCAAGCAGUGUGCAGACCUGCCCGAGGAAGAUGAGGAACUGCGCAAGAAGCUGUGGCUGAAGAUUGCACGGCAUGUGGUGCAGGAGGAAGAAGAUGUGCAAACAGCCAUGGCCUGCCUGGCCAGCUGCCCUCUGCUCAAGAUUGAGGAUGUGCUCCCCUUCUUUCCUGACUUUGUCACCAUUGACCACUUCAAGGAGGCUAUCUGCAGUUCCCUUAAAGCCUACAACCACCACAUCCAGGAGCUACAGCGAGAGAUGGAAGAGGCCACCGCCAGUGCCCAGCGCAUCCGGCGAGACCUGCAGGAGCUGCGGGGUCGCUACGGCACUGUGGAGCCCCAGGACAAAUGUGCCACAUGCGAUUUUCCCCUGCUCAAUCGCCCUUUUUACCUUUUCCUCUGUGGCCACAUGUUCCAUGCUGACUGCUUGCUACAGGCCGUGCGGCCUGGCCUGCCUGCAUACAAGCAGGCCCGGCUUGAGGAGCUGCAACGAAAGCUGGGGGCUGCUCCACCUCCCACUAAGGGCUCUUCCCGGGCCAAAGAGGCUGAGGGUGGGGCUGCCCCUGGGGGACCCAGCCGGGAACAGCUCAAAGCUGACCUGGAUGAACUGGUAGCCGCUGAGUGCGUCUACUGUGGGGAGUUGAUGAUCCGCUCUAUUGACCGGCCCUUCAUCGACCCCCAGCGCUAUGAGGAGGAGCACCUCAGUUGGCUGUAGAAAGGUGUUGCGCCUGAUAUGUGGGCAGGCAGUGGGAGGCAGCUACUUGCUCCCUCUUGUUAAGACUACAUACACUGUAGUGUGUGCACAGUCAUCUGGAGAUUGCUGGCCGUGACUGUGUUGGGGCAGUGGAAUUACAGCUGUUGCCCAUGAAGUGUCUGCUGUGAGUACAUUCUGCCAGCUGCCUGUGCUGUUCGUCACACCUGCCUUAGAGUUGCUGUCAUGCCAGCCCAUCAGCCUGCCUCCCAGUAAGGGCCUGAGCCUUGAAAAGUGAGAAAUCCAACCCCAUGCCCUCCACCCCGUAUCUAACAGCUCUUUUUUUCCUUUUCACUCCUGACAUAUAUCCUGUUUAUCUUCUAGAACGAGAGUCUCAUUGUUCCUUUUCACUCUGUGCCUCUUCUCCCUCAAAGGAAGACCUCCCUUCUGUCUGCCUUUGGUCCUAGAAUUGGAGAGGUAGCCCCUCCACUUCUGGGGUAUUAGGGUAUAGGUGGUACUGAGGGUGGUCGAUGAGGGGGUGCCUGGAGAAGAGGGCCUCAUGGAGAACAGUGGGAGUAGAGAGCAUUCAACUGUGCUGCCCUGGUGGCUCUAGAGCUGAUAGUGUGUUGCUGCUGGGCUGAGUGGUGUGUAGUGAUCUCCAGGAGGGGCUGGGGUGCCAGACGGAGACUGCCAGGGACCCUUACUCCUUUAUUUGGAGAUGAGGCAGAAUGGUCACCCCUUUUUCUGUUCGCUUCCUUGUCCCUCCAUUCUCUCCUCUCUGACCCCAGGCCUCAGUUGGUAAUUUCGCUCCAAGCUCCUAAAUCACAGAGAAGGAACUGUUCUUCCCUUUGGCCAGCAGGUGGUGCUGCUCCCCGCACAACCCUUCACACUCGGGCUGCUGGGGGCACUGACUUCUCAAGGCACUUACUGCGCCAGUGCUGCUUCUGUCUUCUCUUCCUAUUUGUCCCAAGAAUUUUCUGGUGUCUCCACGACCUAGCCAUGAAUCUCAGCCCCCAACUCGUCUCCCUCCCAUAGCCCUUACACAUGCUAGAUUUUGCUUACCACUCUCUAUGCCAGCUUGGAUCCCUGCAUUCCCGGCUUCUGUCUGACUUUGAUACUGCCCGGCCACUCUCUGGCACUUAGCCAUAACGCUGAGGUCCGACAUGGAGGGGAGACUGCCACUGCCUUGGCAUUUAGCAGAUGUGUUUUCUCCCCAUCUAGCGGCUGUGGCCUGCCCCUCCCUCCAGAUUAUACUUCUUUCGUUGUACCGGAGGCUAAGCCUUAGGGAGUUGUGGCCUGGGGCCUGCCUGUGACAUCAGCUGGGCACCCUUUGCUCUGUGGACUGGUGUUCAUAGUCCACCGACCUGCUCUAUGGGUGUGGUCUAUCAGCUGUCCAGACUGAAACAAAAUAAUGAGUGUUCCUGGAAUCAGGCUGGGGUCAGGCCACCUGGCCGGUAACUGCAGGCUCCCUUCUCCCUGCAGCCUCAUCCUCCUGCAGGACUUUUAUCUCCGCGGUCCCUGUGAAAUCUUGAGCUGCUGAAUGCCCCAGUCGCUGGAACCACAGGGUCUCUUCAUGGCCUCUCCCAACAGAAGCUAGCAGCAGCCCAUCUCCGAUGGGCCUCAGACUUUCCAUCUUCCCCAGAAGCCCAGAGUGGAAGCACUGGGAGGAUGGGGGCCUGCGGGAGUAGAGGGAAGGCUUCCUAACCCUGCUCCCUGCCCACCGUUGAGGGAGAUUUGGAGCACUCUCCCGUUCCCUUCUCCCCACGGAGCCCAAGACUUCCUUCAGAUUUAGAUGUGCCCGGUGGCGGGCCUAGGGCCCUGGCCCCCGCUGACCGAACUAGAGGGAAAACAUUGGCCUGCCACCGGCGUUGUCACUUGUUACUUAGAGCAGCUUGGGGCUUCUGUCUCGGCACAUAAUGGGUCCCUGAUACAUGUUAGUUAAACAAACACUGCCCUGGUGCUCCCGCCUCCCAGAGGACUUGGCUGAGACAGGCUGGGAUGCCCCUGCCCCUUCUGUCCUCUCUUAGGCCUGCCCAUCUGGUCCUAAGCUGCUUCCCCUUUCCUGGAAAAAGGCCCCUGGCUUCCCUGGCACUGAUAGAAUGGCGUUCCGUUGAGUCAGGGCAACGGGAAGUCUCUGCUCUUAGAUCCCUGGAAACCUAGCAAGGUCUGGAAUGGAGGGGAGAGAGAAGGCCCUGAGGGCCUUGGCCCUAAGCCUGCGGGAGGGUCAGGAUGGAGUGGUGUGGGGGAGCAACUGCAGCGGGCAGGGGCCAAGAUGAAUGAGCUGCUCCUGGAGCGGUCACUGGAAAUAGGAGUGGCCCACAGGCAGUGACACUGGGAUCAGGGCAGGAGGCCUGUAAACAAGGAAGCCACCUGGGGGAGACACAGGGCGGCCACUGGUCCUGGGGAGCAGGUGCUUCCUGAGGCCCGCCCUUGAGAGGGCCCUGGGGGGCCACUCAGCCCAGUCGACAGUGGGCACUAGGGAGCGCUGUCUGCUGGCUUCCUGAACCCACGGGCUCCCUUCCACAGCUUCUGAGGGAGUGGCCAUCUGAGGGUGUGCCGGAGUAGCCCCAGCGGAGUAGCACCACAGUUGAAGUCCCGGGCUGCCAGCCUCCCCUCCCUGACCCCGAGGUAGACUGGCCAAGGGCAAUAUCCCUGCCAGGCGGGCACAGAGCCCGGUUAGCCUGGAUGUGAGCUCAUUCUCCCAGAACCUCCAAUUCCCGCAGUACCUGCCCCUCCCCCCAGGACUGGGUUGCUAGCUGGAUGGGCAUCAACCCCAUUGGUUGGGAGGGGGCUCCAAGGCCGCCAGGCUCCAGGCUGCCCUGGGCGCUGCCCCCCUGGCGCCAGGGAAACAAAAGGUUAGGGGGCCCAGAGGGAGUUAUCUGGCCCCACCAACAACUGGGGGGAGGGGGCCGACAGGGGGCACACCUCCUCCCACUCCCCCAGCUCUGCAGAUUCUUCGAGACACUUUCACAGGCGGAAAUUCCCAGAGGUCAGAGGAGGGAAACGGUUAAUUCCUUUUAUUCAAUGGGUCCCCCCUACACGCCUCCCCCCAACUUCCUCCCUCCACUUCCCGCCCCCCCUGUGUGAACAGGAAGUGGAGAGGAAAAGGCUCUGAGCAGAGCAGCUGGGAGCAGGAGGCAGGGAGUGGGCGGCAGGCUUGAUGCCAGCCCUGCCCCUCACGGUUACUUGCUGGAGGGCCAGAUCCACUGUGACCUGGGAAAGAACCUGCAGCCCCGCUGGCCAGUGGCAGCGGAGCUGGGAAACAGCCUAUGAUUGAGUCCCUCCCCUCAGCCUGCUCCCAGGUCAGUGGCAGCUGGCUCAGGGUGCGAGGCAUCCUCUACCCCAACUCAGCUGCCCUUGCCAGCGCAGCCCCACCCCACCCCCACUGCCAGGCUGGGCAUCCUGAGGCUGGCAGGCAUCUCUUCAGGCAGCCGCCAGUCCUGGCACCAGCUCCAGCCACUGAGCCCCUUGGCCCUGCCAGUUCUUUGAAGCUCAUGCGGCGCUUCCUGUUUGGGGCGGGCGAUGCCAGGGCCCCUCCCCCACCAUUGUUCUGUAGAGACCAUAGGUCCAUCUGUUGCCCCAUGGUGGGGCCCCUAGGCAGUGCCACACGGGAGCAGCACCACAAAGGACCCUGCUGGCAGCUUUGCUUAUGUGGGGUGAGGGUAGGCCCUGCAGCAAGUUGAAGAUGAAUGGUGGGUCAGAGAAGGCCUGCGGUGGGCAGCAGGAUAGACGGAAGAUGCUAGAUAGUUCUAGUUUGUGGGCAGCUGGAGCCCUCAGCUUUCUCCUCCACCUGGAGCAUGGAGAUGAGGUUAUUCAGUGAGCUAUGCGAGCUGAAAUCACCAAGAGGGACGCUAUUCUUAUGCCCAGGUUCCAAAAGGGAAGACGGAGGCAGAGAGGCAAACUUUGGUCUAGGAUAGCCAAUAAAAGGGGCACAAGCCAGGUUUCUUCUUCUUUUUGGUGGGACCCUCGGGGAACGAACCGGCGCUGCAGAGGCUACGGGCAGCCUCGCAGCCCAGCACUCAACCGCUGAGGCACCAGGGGAGGCCCUAGUUUUCUUCUUUCAAGAGGAUUCACCCCUACUUGCUGAGCUGAUUGGAUGAUCGGAUGCUUUCUGAGGGAGGGAUUUACCUAUUCCCAGCUUUUGCCUUGAAGUAUCCCUGGUAUCGCGCUGAGCAGCGAGAACCAUGAAUGUUAUCAUGGGAGGUUAGGGUGGCCCUAGGUUGGCCAUCAGCAACUCACAUCCACUGAGAACAAACCUGGGCAGCCUGGCAAAAAAGGAGAAGAGGCACUAGCCUGGCCCCCAGGAAGGUGGGUGCUGCUCCCAGUUCCCAAGCUGCUGUGGCCAAAGGUCUGUGUUUCCCAGGUGCAAAGGCAGGUGCUAUGUGUCUGCAGCGCGCCUCCUCUGCCGUGCCUGAUCUCGCAGCUCUGAUCUGAGACCUGCUUCCUCCCGGCAUUGCCACAGAAAUACAGCCACAGUCUACCCACUUCCCUCACCAGAGCCUCUGGCUUCUCUCACCAGCCCAGGACUUGAACUGCCAGAUCAGCCUCCCAGAAGGUCAGAGUUGCAGAGACCUCACUGAGAGGCCAUAGAGUGCAGUGGAGCUCUUGUCUAAAUAAAAACUUGCAGUGAUAUCCAGUACCUGAAAUUGAUAUGCACAAUUUCUUUGGUGGAAACUAGGGUGGGGGGGUACACCCCUAUUCACUGACCUUUCCUUUCCUAUCACAAUCUGUGGGUGCCAGGAUGCCCAGGAACCAGUCUGGAAACCACUGAGCUGCCAAUCCCGCCUCCUGAUUUUACAGAGGCUGGAUCUAAAAGGACAAAUUGGUGACUGGCCCUAGCUCCAUCCUGAAUCCUGUCUCUUCUCCAUGGGAUUCUGCACCCAUCGGCAGUGACCCCAUGCCCGCUGGCAGCCAAGCGUUGUCCUAGACCCUUCUCUGCUCUGGUUCUCCAUCUCUAGCCAAGGUGCGCUGAGCUGAGGCGGUGUGGAAAGAGCAAGUGCAGGUUUCUGCUCUGCCACUUAGCAGCUGUCAGUUUCAUCAUAUCCUGGGAACCUCAAGUUCUUCCCUUGUAACGUGACGUUGAGAAGCUCCAGUGUAGCUCAGGAGGGCAGUCCCACAUCUGCAGUUAGCUCAAGGCCUGGCCCCUGAGCAGUUCCUGCCUACUGCCUUGUCUUCCCCUUCACUCUGCACCUCAUUCUUUCAGGUUGGGACCCUGGCUUGUGUUUUGUCUUGUCUUGGCUCUUCCCUCCUAAACCCCUUUGAAUGCCUCGUUGGGAAUCAGUGUGGAAUUGGAAUCAGUGUGGAACUGGAAGAGGGGCUAACUUGAUUUUCUGAUUUCUCAAAAAAUGGUGAUUUUGAGGAGAGACGUUCUGGAUGAGCCCAGAAGAGGAAGCCCUUCGGCAUAUAGAAUAUGGUCACUGAGCUGGCACAGGAGGGACACCUUGGGACACAGGGUCUGGGUUUCCUGGGGGAGAGGGCACUAGUCUCGUUGCAGGGUCCAAUAGGAUAGACUGAGGGAACUGGACCAGGCAAGGCUCCUUUGCCAGCCUGUUCUCAUGGUCCAGCCCUGAGUUUACACAACAGCCUGGCUGACUGGCUGGCUGGCACUCCCCUGGGAGCCUCAGAAAGUCCCCCUUGUCCCCCUUUGACCUUUGACCCCUUGGGCCUGCUGCAGGCCAGAAUUCCAGGCAGCUGUCUCUCUUUUAUCUUCUAUUCCUGGCCAUUUCCCUUUGAAGCUGGGAUUCACAGACACCCAAGCCCCCCACCUUACAGUUCAUCCUUUCACAUGCUCUUGGGUGCAGACCAACUACAGCCUCCUCUGGGGCAGCUCCCGCCAUGAGCCAUGGGGACUCUUGGCCAUAAGCCAACAGGACCUUUGGAGUCUGGCUGGCUGAAGGGCCUAAGCCUUCCAGGAGAGAGCCCCCCAACAAGGGCUCCUGGACUUCAGACAUCUUCCCAGGUGCCUUGCCAGGCUAGUCCAUCCCUGUCCCAAACAAAGUCAGGUGAAGUGGGGGCCAGUAGACCAAGCCUCCUUCCCUCGGGGCAUCCUCUAAGCAGUGAAGUCGGAAGAACCCUUGCUACAGUUCCGCAUUCAAUCGUGCUGCGCCUCAUGCCAUUCAGUUUCACAAUCAAAUAAUUCCCUUUGGUUUUCUAGCGGAAUUUUUGCUUUUAGUUUUUAGGGUUUCUUGGCUUUUCUUUUUUUAAGAUAAUCAGUCUAAAUUUGUCAUCGCACAUCCCCCAUUUCCGCCCCAAAGGGCCUCCUUUUCAUCCCCUGAAAUCUGGAAACUAAUGUGUGGGCAGAAACCCCCCAGCAUCCCCCAUGGCACCGCGGCCCAAACUUGCCUCGGCAGGGGCAGCCUGUUAACUGGGGAAGAGUCUACACUCCAGGCUGGGGCUGGAAAGGGAGUUUCUCUUUGGACCUUCCCAGCUCAAGCCAUGGAGAAGCCGUGUGGUCUGGUGGUUAGGGCUGGAACAUAUGGGUUCUGUCCCCAGUAAUCUCUUUGACUAACGACAGCAGCUCGGGAAAGUCCCCUUGCUAUCCAACAGACUCAGUUUCCCCACCAGCUGAGGGGCUCAGACCUUUUUACCAGCUAGCUCAUCUUCUACUUGCCUUGUUAAAAAAUCUUUGAUCCAAUUUUUUUUUUUGCUUGUCGCUUAUGAACUGUGUGACCUUGACAAACUACUUAAUCUUUCUAAACCUCAAUUUCCUCAUCUAUAAAUUAGAGACCAUUACUCUACCUCCCUACCUCCUGGUUGUUGUUAGAGUUAAAUAAGAGAACAUUCUCAGAUGCCAAGGGCCAGGCAUGCUUUAAAAGCUCAACAAACAGCAGUUGUUAUUGUUAAUAAUAAGUAGAAAUUGGUAGAGGUAGGACUGUGUUUGCAGCAGGCACUUUUGUGAGACCUGGCUUGCCUGCCUCUGCCUUUCGUGCUCAGGCUGCCUUGUCCAGACCUUCCUUGGGCCGCCUCCAGCUCUAGAAGGGGCAGGGAUGUGUUACCAGUCCUUGUGGAUCAGGGCUGCGGCCAGGCUUCUGUCCCUGUCUCCAUGACGACCCCAGCCCCUCCCCUCCUUCCUUCCUCAGGAGCUGUUUACUGUAAACAGCUGUCCCUGCUCAGCCCUAGCUGAUCCCGCCCAGGGCCAGCCAGACCCUCUCUGAACUGGGGACUGGCUUGAUAUAUGGAGUUCUAGGCAUUGCAUCUUGGCUCUGCUUCGCCUUCUUGACUGUAGGGGAUGAGAAGGGGUGGGGGAGGGCCUAUCACCUCAGAUAGGGCAGCUAGUUGCUCAGAGACAAGGAGUAGAUGGGGCAUAAUGGAGAAGGACAGGCUGAGAGACUGGGAGAGAGAUCUCUGACUUGACCUUAUACUGAUCUGGGUUCAAAUUCUGGCCUGGAUUUGUUUACUGAGACCUCGGGCUAGUCAUUCUCUAAGCUCCGCUCACUUGAUUGAUUUGUAAAAUGGAGAUAAUAGCACCUUCCUCAGAGGAUUGGUUACUUGUAGAUUGGUGAUAAUGUGUGUACAUUAUCGCAGUAUGUUGCUAGCCUGCAUUGGUGUGGCUGGAUUUAUCAUCUCACCUCUCAGGGAUACGCGUGCUCAGGAACCUAGCAAGAGGCCCUUCCUGUUUCUCCGAGACACACAUCGGUCACAUACGCCUACAUGUGCGUGUCUCUGCACAAAGCACGGAUAGCUGUACACAUAGCAAAUGCACACAAGGCAGGUAAUGAAAUGAAACUUCACAAGGUCUGAGGCCUAAGAGAAUCUCCAUGAAGGAAUAAGGGGCAUCUAUCUACCUAUUUCCUAAGUGCAAGUGCAUGCCUGGGCCUCAGUGAGCCCACGUCAGAGCUGGGGCAACUGUAUGUUGCGCUAGCACCAAGUCAACCCCUCUGCCUCCACUCAGAUCCCAGGGGCACGCCCACUCUCCUGUCCAGCCGAUCUCAGCGCAUGAAUACAGGAGCGGUUAGUUUCCUGGUGGUCAAGAUUUCGGGGCAAGAUGUGGGGUUCCUGGCUCCCAGAUGGGCUACACUGCCUUCUUGGAACUUCCAGCUUCCUUGGAAGUGCCGGGUACUUAGCGGAGCCUUCAGGAGUGGGUUUUAAACAUGCCACUCCUCUUCCCACCAGAGCCAGGGUAGGUUGGUUUUAGGCCGGGGCAUUCAUCAAUUUGAGUCAUUCCCCACAGGCCCAUGAGUAAGUGUGGCUCUGAAUUUCCAGAACCCCCUCCACACCCCACCAAGAUGCCUGUCGGGGUCUUCCAGGGCUGGGCCCUUGAGUCCCCAGGUGCAACCCUGGGGUUCCGCCUUGGGCUCGGUUUUCUCCACAGGGAGUAACAGCUGGAGCCUUGUGGGCUUAGCUGACUCUGCUGCCUCCACGCCCCUUGGUAAAAAACGAGGCCUAACUUUGGAGUUUCUGUCCUUACCCCUGCUUGGGCUACAUGAGAAAGGAGAGGCACCCCCAGUACUGAAGUCAGCUCAUGGACAGUGCUGGAAAUCCCCCACUUCUUACCUUGGAUGGUUGAGGAAACAGCCUCCCGGCAGAGGGCCGCCUCCCGCCAGGGACUUUUCUCCUGGGGGUGACAGCAUUCAGGGCAGCUACAGGGACCCCAGCGGCACUUCAGCCAACUUGGGAGUGAGGGGAGUGUCAUACACGAUCACUCUCUCCCUUGCAGGGAGCACGGCAGCUAGAAGUCCUAGCACCCACCUGCACCUUAAGUAGGCCUGAGAAGACAGGCAAGGACAUGGGAGGCCACAGGGGCCAGCGGUGGCCAGGAAGGUCCACCCUGCAGGUGGCAUCCAGGAGUCAAAGUGGACCUAAGUGCUCUGCACCCAGGGUUCUCCCUUCUCUCCCCCAUGCCCACUUCCCUCACCCACCACCCAAUCUGAGACCAACUUGUUAUAGGAUAUAAAGCCCUCAGCAGUCCCCCAAGAUGGUGGGCUCCAAACUUUUUUUGACCAUGAAUACUCUUGUGUAGAUUAUACACGACAGCCAGACACAUGGUAAACAUUAUUAAAGAAUAAGUCUAGAAAGAAAUCUGAAGGUCUAAAAAGAAUAAAUGAGAUAAAAAAAUAAGUCUAAAAAGAAAUCCUUCUCUCUCUUCCCAUUCCUCCACACCCCCCCCUCCCCCACUCUCUGGAGAUGGCCUUGCUCACUCCUGUACGCAGCCCACUGGGGCACCCACCACACUAUCAGAUAAAGGCAGGGGAGCCUCUCUGAAGGGACCAUCCACCUCGCAGGAGGGUACAGGGUGUAUGUGUGUAUGUGGGGGGGGGUUGUUAAUACAUAGCAAACCACAAACGACUGCGUAAGUCACCUCUGGAAUCUUCUACUGUUAACUUGAAAAGAAACUUGGUCAUCAAAGUCCAGGCCCUACCACUGCAGUGGUGGUUAUUCCACAGCUGCUCCACCCCCGCCCCCUAUAACCCAGACAACCUGUCCCUCGGACCGCAUAAAUGUAGGAAAGCAUUUAUCAAGGAAGAAUGCAUCAUGUGUGUAUGUGUGCGCACUUGUGUGUGUGCAUGUUGUAUGCAUGUGCAUGUUUUCAUGCACACAUGUGCAUGUGAACCUCGGUCGUGUCAUUCAAGCAAACUGCUCGGGAGACAGCCUCUGCUUGCUGGGUCUGCUGGUUGUGGAGACCUCACUCAGGUCACACAGAUCCUGGGACACCUGCCAUCGGUCCCCCUCACCUGAGUCAUAAGAGCCCCUGAUGUUGAACCAUCCUCACAACGUAACUGUGGGGGCAAGUGGGUGAGGUGGUUGUCAAUCUGUCUGUAUCAGAGGAGGGAGCCCAAGAUGCAAAGAGGGGAGGGGAGGAAACUGCCCAGUCACACAAUUCCACAGAGUUGCGUCUCCUGCAUGUUCCCACCCCCUCAGGCGUCUCUCCCUGUGUCCUGCCACCAGAAGCUGCCCCACCAGCAGCCAGGUAAGCCCAGGGCUAUCUCCUUGUCCUUGGCAAUGUGGUCUAGUACAUGGGACAACCCUUUUAGCAGGGAGCAGGGGCCCCACAGGUAACAAAAUGAUGGGGCUCUGACUUUAGAGCCAGGGCCAGAGCUGCUCUGUGCCAGGGCCAGGGCCUCCUCCAUUCAAAAGCUCAGUCCUACAAGGGUAGUAGGGAAGGCUCAUUCUCCAGCCCCCUCCUCCCUCACUGACAGCUGUAAUCUGCUUGGGAAAAUCUCUUUUUUUUCCGCACAGGAAAAAAUAUUAGUUGUCCCGAUAACAAGGAAAACAAAAUCCAGCGCAGGGCAUCAGAGACUUCCUGAGGCGGGAAACAAUGUCCAGGGAGCAGAGUGGAGAAGCCUGAGCAGGGAGGCUGAGGGGAGCGAGGAGGAGAGAGGACACUGGUCCAGGCCUAUCCGGCGGGCGGGGGAGGGGGAUGACAGAUCGAGGAACUUGGAAAAAAGAUUUCCCCCCCAAAACCUUGAAGUCUGGGCUCUGGAGCUAUAUCCGGGAAAUGAUUCAGGACCAGAGCAUGUCCCUGAACGGGAUCAGGCCCCAUCGGCUCAGGUGCUGCGUCUACCUCUCUUCCCUCCCAUCCCCAGCCAGUUGUCCAGGGUGCUGU